AUGAUUACUAAAGGCGGUAUCCGUAAAUAUAAAUUCAAGAAUAGCAAAAUCCGUCCGUUUAACACCAAGCCAGAAGGCAACAAAGGUGCGGUUUUUGGGUUUAGAACAAAGCCAAAUAUGAUCGCUUCUCGUGGUAUCGUGUUAACGUCUGAAGAAGCAUUGUGGGAAAACGAAGAUUGCCUAAGCCACUGGACACCGAACGUUUAUAGCUACGGCACAUAUGCUGACGAAGGUCGCACGAUUGUUAAAGGUCACUCAGAAAAAAACUUAAAACAAAUCAAUACGUUUGUAAUCGAUUUUGACAAAGUACCAGGAGAAAAACUCGAUGUGCAAAUGAUCUUAGAUGCUGCGUUGGAUCUAGAAUUACUUCCGACGUUGAUCUUAAAAACGCCAGGAGGCUAUCAAGCGUACUUUAUUCUGGAGAAUGCCUGGUUUAUUUCGUCUGUCAAAGACUACCAGUCAAUUGAAAUUGCGAAAAAAGUAUCAGAAAAUCUUAGAAAAGCCUUUGCUGAAACCUUGUCUUCAGUGGAUUUAGGGUGCAAUCAUUUUGGCAUUGCGCGUAUCCCACGUACCGAUAACGUUGCCUAUGUUUAUCCAGCAUUAACGCACGAUAUGCAAAAGUUUAUUGACUGGUCAAUGCGCUAUCAACCUGCGGAAACACAUGAAAAUAGACACUUGCGAAUUGUUCCUGAAGCUGGCGAAAUUCAACAAAUCAAAGAAAAAUGGGUCGAUAUCCUGUUAAAAAAUCCAGAAAUCGUGGGUCAAAAAGGUACUUUAGGACGUAAUAAUGCUGUAUUUACGCUAUCUUUGGCUUAUUAUGCGUCAGCUGUUGAAAUGGAUCGAUGCCUGGACGAUAUGGAUUUAUUCAAUAGCAAUCUAGACUAUCCUUUAGCGUCAAACGAAGUAUAUAAAAUCGUAACAAGCGCGUAUUCUGGCAAAUACAGAGGAGCUAACAAAGAGAAGGUAUUGGAGUUACUGGCAAACUGGGGCUCAGAAGCUCUCUCUGAAGACCAAUUAUUUACUCAAAAACGUAGCCACUGGUGCAAAUUCAAAAAAGAUCGAUCAGAACGAAAAAAAUCACACAUUCAUGAGUGGAAAGUCGAUAUUUUGAAUUACCUGGAGACACAAUGCUACCGGUACCGUCCGGAAAUUGAAAUUAGAAAGACUGAAAUUCAAGCAGCUAUUAGCUACACACAUCAAGGAGUGGAAAAAAAUAUUCCCAAACGAUCCCUGGACAAAGCAAUGAACGAAUUAAAAGCUGAAGGGAAACUAUUUAUCAAGAUAAAAGCCGGACGUGGAGGCGGAUUGAUCGUUGCGACAAGAAAAUCAUUGAUCCGUACCGUGAUCGUGGUCAACCGACACGUCAAAGAGGCGUAUAAAAAGUCGAUUAGAACAUUUUUUAGAGAAGCAGCGAUGUUAACUAAGAUGCUCGAAACAGGCUACAAAGAGGAUAAAACAGGGAUAUUUGAGGUGCAAUUAAAUCUAAGGGACACUGGCUAA